AUGUCGUCUCAUCUUGAUAAAGAGCUGUUAAAUCUAUCGUUGGAAGAAGAAGAAGAUGUUCCGUUCGUUUUCCCGGACAAGCCAGAGUAUUAUUCUACAGCAAGGAACUCACUAAGCUUGGUGGGACGCCUCCUUAAUCCGUCAUGUCAGAGGAUGUCUGAAUUGAUUCUCGAGAUGCCUAGAAAAUGGCAACUAUACGACAGAGUCAGGGGCAUGAGAAACAUCCCAAUUAAUCACUAUACUUUCAAAGCUCUGUGGUCUCUUGGGGACUUUGCAGGCCAGGUGGUUGAAUUGGCCUUCGAUCCAGAUAAACCUCAAACCAAAGAUUACAUCAGGGUUUUAGUCAGGUUUAAUGUUGCAAAACCGCUCAGGAGAUCAAAAAAGGUGACUUUGCCAGGUGGUGAGGUGGUGAACAUUCUGUAUGACUAUGAAAGACUUCAGAAAAGAUGUUAUACUUGUCAAAGACUCACUCAUGAGCAAAGUCAGUGCCCUUUUUUCAAGAAGGAGUCGCUGGAUCCGGUUCUAGCAGUUGAGUCUUCUUCAACUGGAAAUAAAGGGAUUGGUAUCUCUGAUAGUCUCCCUGCUUCUGAUCCUCGGUUUGGACUCAUCCCUGAAGACCUCCUAGGAUUGGAGCCUAUUUCAGGAAAGCCUAAGAUUGCACCGGAAGUUCUUGAUGAUAUGCGUAUGUAUCUAAUGGUUGCAGAUGGUCCUGAAAAAUUGGCUAGAGCUGAAAGAGUGAGGAAAUCUAUAGAAGAGUUAAGGAAUGAUCCGAUAGGGAGGAAGACUUGCCUGAUGUUAGAAACAGCUCCUUCAGUUACUAAUGAGGUAGACAAAGGAAAAGGGAUUGUUUAUGACUUCAGUGUUCAGAUGAAACCAAACUCAAAUCCAGUGAAGUUGAUGGCGUCGGCGAUUGCAGCAGGGUCAAGGGUGGGUUCAACGGGUUUUAGUACGGGUUUCGCAGAAACAAGUACUUCCGGGACUCCCUUGAAGAAAGCUAAACCUCGUAGACGGCCAGGUACUUUUAAACGCAAGGGCAAUGGUAAAGCUGUCAUGAUUCCAGACAGAGAUUCUGGAGUGCAAAUUGGAGAAGGUGUAGUGUCAGAUCCGAAAAGGAAGGCGAAUGAUGAUGUUGAGCCAUCUCAAAGCUCUGCAAGGUUUAAGAAACCAUUGGUGGUCCCAAAUGAGGGACCGCCCAAUAUCUAA